AUGAUAUCUUUCUCCCAAAAUUGGAAAAACUGGAUAUUAGCUUUUUAUUCACUUCAUAUUAUUUUUUUUUUAUUUCAUUCUUUAGAGAUGAUUUUUUUUUUCAUUUUUACCAAUUUUAUUUUUACUCUUCCCGUCGACAGUAAUUUUCCCAUCAUUAGUAAUGUCAUUCAUGUCUUUCUUUCCUGCAAUCAUUUCAUUCUUUGUUGCGUUUCGCUGUGUUUCUUUCCUUAUUUCAUUCGUUUAUUUUUUUGUUUCAUAAACUCUUUCUUUCUUUUUCUUUCUUUAUUUUAUUUUCAUACACUCUUUCUCGGUUUUCUUAUUCAUUCUUUUUUCUAUUUUUUAUGUAGCUUUCUUUUCUUUUUUUUCCUUUCUUUAUUUCUUUCUUCCUUCUCUUUAUUUUUCUUUCGUUUCCUUUCAUUAUUUUUUUUCGAAAUUAUUCUAUUUCAUUCUGUGUUCUUCUCUUUAUUUGUCUCCGUAUUUCUUCAUUCACUCUUUCAUUCAUUGAACAUUUCUUUCAUUAUUUCAUUCUUUCUUUUAUAUUUAUUUUUUUUUCGUUUUCCUUCAUUUGUUUCCACUUGGCUAUUAUUAUAUUUCUUUUUAUUUCUUUCUUUAUUUCAUUCUUUUUCUUUCAUUAUUUUAUUUCCUUAUUUUAUUUUUUAUUUUCUUAUUCGUUCUUUUUUCUAUUUUCUUUGUGUUUCAUUUUUCGUUUUUUCUUCAUUUCUUUUUCCAUAUUAUUAUAUUUCUUUCCUUUUCACGUUUCUUUUUUUUUUAUUCCUUAUUUCAUAUCUUUAUUUUUUUUCCAUCGUUUUUUCCUUGCAUAAACUCUUUCUUUUUUUCAAUGUUUUAUUUCCUUACUUUUUUUUUUGGUUUUCUUGUUCAUUUUUUUUUGUUUCUCCUUUUUCGUAUUUUCUUAAUUUCUUUGAUAAUGUCAUUUCUUUCAUUUAUUCAGUUAUUUUUCUUUCUUUUUCUUCUUUCUUUCUUUUGUAUUUUCUUUCUUAUUUAUUCUCUCUUUUCUUCCGUUUUCCUUCAUUAGUUGUCACUAUUAUUAUAUUUCAUUCUUUUUUAUGUUUCUCUUUCUUUCCUUAUUUAUUUCUUCUUUCUUCUUUGUUUUCAUUCAUUAAUAAAUUCUUUUUUUUCAUUUUUUUUCUUUUUUCUCGUAGUUCGUAUUCGUCUUUAUUUCUUCAUUAUUUUAUUUUUCAUUCAUUUGUUGUUUUCUUUUGUUUUUUUUUUUGUUUUUUUUGCAUGGUGUUAUUUCGGCCAUUUAUUCAUUCAGUGAAGAAUUUUUUCUUUCAUUUUUCAUAUUUUCACCCAAUUUUCUUCUUCAAUAUUUUUAUUUUUUGCCAUUGGUAUCUUGCCUUUUCACUGUAUUUUCUUUCAUCCGUAUUUUAUUCUUUUAUUUCAUUGCGUUUUCUUCGUUUUAUUUCUUUCAUAAAAUUUCUUAUUUUUGGAUUUACAUUAUUAUCUUACAUUACUUUUUAUUUUCUCAUUUAUUCAUUCUUUCUGAUAUUUAAAAAGAAAUUCUUUGAUGAUAUGUUUUCUUUCAUUUAUUCAUUCAUUGAACAUUUACUUCUUUUUUUCGUUCGUUCCAUUUUUAUCACUGUUUCUUUUUUCCGUUCCUUUUUGCAUGUUUCCUUCUUUCAUAAAUUUUUCCAUUUUCUUUCCAUAUUUGAUUUCUUUACCCUCUUUAUUCAUUUUCUUUUUUCUUCUUUGUUCGUUUCUUUCUUCCAUUUAUUUUCUGAAUUUCAUUCAUUUACUCAUUCAUUCAUUGAACCUUUCUCCAUUUCUUUCUUUCUUUCAUUUGUUUCCUCAUUUGUCGCUCACAUUCCUUUAUUAUUAUUUGCUUGCUUAUUUCAUUCAUUUAUUUCUCCUUUUUUUCUUCAUUUUCUUCUUUCAUUUUAUUUCUUUAUUUCCUUUCUUCAUUCUCUUUGUUCGAUAUCUUAUUUUUUUAUUUUUUUGUCUGAUCUUUUUUCUUGCAUUUUCAUAAUUACUUUGAUGAUAUGUUCUUUAUUUCUUUCUCUCUUUAUUUAUUUAUUUCCUUCUUUGUUUCUUUGUUUCUUUCUUUGUUUCUUUAUUUCUUUCUUUCUUUUUUCUUUCUUUCUUUCUUUCUUUCUUUCCUUCUUUCUUUCUUUCCUUCUUUCUUUCUUUCAUUCAUUCUUUCAUUCAUUCAUUCUUUCUUUCUUUCUUUCUUUCUUUCUCUCUUUCUUUCUUUUUUCUUUCAUUAUUUCUUUCAUUGUUUCUUUCUUUAAUUUCUUUCUUUAUUUAUUUCUUUAUUUAUUUAUUUCCUUCUUUCAUUCUUUAUUUAUUUAUUUAUUUAUUUUCUUUCUUUCUUUCUUUCUAUCUUUCUUUCUUUCUUUCUUUAUUUCUUCAUUUAUUUCAUUCUUUAUUUCUUUCUUUCCUUCUUUCUUUAUUUCUUUCUUUCAUUCUUUAGUGCUUUAUUUCUUUCUCUCUUUAUUUAUUUAUUUCCUUCUUUGUUUCUUUCUUUGUUUCUUUAUUUCUUUCUUUGUUUCUUUAUUUCUUUCUUUCUUUUUUCUUUCUUUCUUUCUUUCUUUCUUUCUUUCCUUCUUUCUUUCUUUCCUUCUUUCUUUCAUUCAUUCUUUCAUUCAUUCUUUCUUUCUUUCUUUCUUUCUUUCAAUCUUUCUUUCUUUGUUUCUAUCUUUCUUUCUUUCUUUCUAUUUUCCUACUUUCUAUGACGUUAUUUUAUUACUUUAUUUUCGUUUUCUCUAUUUUUCCUUCCUCGAUUUUGCUCCCUUUCUUUUCUACUCAACUAUCUUAUACUGUUUUUUUUUUUUUUACCUUCCGGCUUCCUCUUACCAAUGA